AUGGAGACGAAACGAGACUCAACAAGUCGUCAAGGCUCCGAGUCUGCAGGAAGAUUCAAUGACAUUACCGGCUCUACCCCGAAAGAGAAGCUUCAGAAUGCCUAUGCUCGACUGAACAGUAUAAGCAAGGGUGUGUCGACUCCAAUUGCGGGAGAUAGUGCAACACCAUCAUCUGCAGGGGAUAUCGAACCUGCGGUACCGGUAUCUAUGCCCCAGACAACAUUACCCCUAAGUACCCGGGCACCAGAGCACCCAGUGGACAUCGCUGCACCGGUCAUGGAAGAGCGGAAUGUUGCAGAUAUUGUUGUAGUCUCUCCAGCACUGCUAUUUCCCGAACAGGCAGGUGUACAAACUAUUCAGCCCAGUGCUAUAUUUGAAAAGACCGAACAUGUUCUUCCGGGUUCACUCCGACUUGGCCCUUCUGAAUUUGCUGUAACUAUGCCUAUGGACUCUAUUGGAAAAGACAACUACGAAAGAGCACUUGCUGAACACUCGGAGUCUGUGAAACUUCUCCUCUCUGGGUUCAAGUCGGCAGAUGGAAAUGUUCUUCCCAUGACCGAGCAAGCUCAAGCUCUAUCGGACAUCCGACAACUUAUCGAAAAACUAGACAACAUUGCUGUCCAUACUGACUUGAACAUAGCUGAGCAUGUGAAACGGUCUCAACCGGAUGUUCAAAAAGAAGCGUCGUGGGCCGAAUAUAGCAGCGCCAAAUUUCUAUUUCUGGGUCAAUUGAUAGAGAUUGCCGGAGCACAAGAUAUGCACAUCUUGUUCGUACUAGGCAAAAGGGAAAGUGCAGAGUUAGUUGAACGCUAUUUUAUAGGCAAAGGCUUCGCUCCCGUCCGGCCACGGGCUGAAAUGCAUGGACAUGUUGAGCUCUCCAUGAUCAAUGGAUCGCUGAGCGUUGGUAUUUUGUCUACGGAACAUGUUGGUACUGUGGAGACGUAUCGAUCACCAACAGUUAUAUUCGCACUUGACUCUUCGUUCAAUGCUUCAAGUCCUGCUAUUGAACAUCUCAGAACUACAAAUGCGCACAAUGGGAAUUUGCUUCCUGUCGUGCAUUUGAUUAUAGCGAACUCCAGUGAGCACAUUCAGCGAUGUCUACCCAACCUCCCGGAGGCACAAAGUUUGAGGCUGCUCGUUUAUAUUGUGAAGAGUUUAGUGGAUAUGCUCGGUGACUUACAAGACAAUGCUCUGGGCGUGCAGGAUGAUGCCGAGGAAAUCUUCACUUGUCUUAUGUCAGAUGAUUUCAAUGCAAGUUGGACUCUUCCCGCAAUCGAGCCACUUCACAUACUUGUGUCGGAUGGACUGCAGAGCGAGGAUCCUCUCGGUUCGCAGGUGACGGAUCCGAUGGUCGUAUCAACAUCCGUCAAUAAGCGCAUAUUCGACACACUGGAUGCCGACACACCCGAGUCAAAGAGACAGCGCAUUCAUUCAUCGCAGGAACUUACUCAGAUAACAACACAGUCCACUGCUCCGACGAGCGAAACCGUGGACCUGACCGCAAAAUUACAGGCUUUGGAAGCUCGACUGAUCGAGAUAAAGGUUGACCAUGCUGCGGAAGUUGAUCGAUUGCAAAUGACUAUCACGGAGAAUGAGGCUCGCUUCAAAGAGCGCGUCAAGGGGUGGGAAGACUUACAGCAUCGCUACGAGGCUCGCAACAAGGAGUUACAUCAAAUACGAAAAGAGCGAGAUGACUUGCUCGUCGAUAAGACAAAGGCCGAACAAAAAACUGUGAAACAACAAGAAGAGAUCACGAAGCUCAAAGAUGAGAGAACUCAACUGAAACAUGAUCUACAAUCCGCUAGAGAUGAUCUCAAGACUGAAGGUGGAUUGAAAGAAGAACUUGAGGUAUUACGAGAGCAGCAUCGUAAACUCACUGAAGGUUACGCCAAACUCGAAAGAACGGUCGAGUAUGAGAAGAAGCAAGCCGAACGCGCGCGCGAAGUAUAUCAGGAUGCAUCUCAUGAGGCGGGGAAGUUGAAGAAUGAGAAUAAUACCUUGCAAGAGAGGAAUGCACAUCUGCAAAGCCAAGUCGAUGCUGAAGCCGUCAAGUUGAGCGAACUCAAAAAGCAGAACGACGAGUCAAAACAUUUGGCCCAAGUGAAGAAACUCGAGGAUGCUCUGAAAGCACGUGAGACUCUUCUCCAGAAGAAGGAAGAAGAACUACGAAACAUUCGCAACAACCGCCCGGCGACACGAGCAACCAGCACACAACCUCGAAGCCCAAAGUCAUGGGGCAAUAACGGCAGUCGCCCGACCAGUCCUGGCAUCAACAACGGAGUUGGGAACCGUGGCAGUGGACUCCGAUUCAGCUCUGAGAUGUCUUUUUGA